GAAAUACCAGCAACAGCAGCAGGAUUCGAGUACUGUUGGUUACCGUAUGAGCAGGUUUGUGCAGCCGCAGAGUUUAAGGUGGACCGUAAUCCCAUUCCAUUAAAGGCCUCGCGUUACGAAGAUAAAGAUUUUGCACCCGUUCAUAUGAGUUAUGUCGCUCCUUGCGUUAUCAAGAAUGACAAAUUCGAAUAUCUUGGAAGCGUAAAUAUGAAAAAAGAACGUGCCGAAGUUGGAUUUGAUGGUCGCGUGAUAACACUAGAUGGCCCAAAAAUUCGACAGCUUAUGGUUUUAUGUAGAAAAGAUCGUGACGACACUAUGACGAUCUAA